AUGAUUCAACGAAGUAUGUCCACUCAGUUUGAAGAUUUUGCCAAUGAAGUAUUUUACGAUGUGUUUGAUUACAUGGAUACCUAUGAUAUUUUCAACUCAUUUGGCGAUAUAAAUAAACGAUUUUAUAAAUUAAUUCUGUCAAAGUCGAAGUUUCACUGUAAACUAUUUGACAAGUCAUUAUCAAAAUUUUUAUUCUAUUGUGAAAAUGUGAUACCAUUAAUCAAAGAUCAACUUGUAUCAUUGAAAAUAGAACGUGUAAAAGAGAGAGAUGAUAUUGGAACAUUUUUAAUUUAUUACCAACUACAAAUGUUUCCUCGUUUAUCAUCAUUGACAUUAAAAAAUAUUUCUGAAUAUUCACUGAAAAGUAUUAAAAUUGAUCAAUUAGUGUCAUUAAAACAUUUAUCAAUUGUAUUCUUUGCAUCCAGUGGUUCUUUCUCCAUUAAAAAUCUAUUUAAUAUGAUAUCAACACUGCCUCAUUUAAAACCUCUAAUCUUCACUGAUCAUUACACUGUUGACGAGUUUAUUGUUGAUUCAGAUGUCCAGCGCUUAGAAAAAUUCAAUUCAGAUGGAUUAUUUCAAUUAUUUCCAUCAAAUAUAAAACGACAAGAAAUAAAUUCAAAAAUUGAAGUUAGAUUAGAAGAAAUUGACUUAUGGAACAUUUUUAAAGUGUUAGAAACUGAAAUGAUAAUUACUAGAACUGGAAGAAGAUUGUUUCCGACAUUUGCAGUUACUAUAACCGGUCUUGAACCAAAUAUCAAUUAUAUGUUAUUGUUAGAUAUUGUACCAGUCGGCGAUAAUCAAUACAUAUAUGAAGAUUCAAAAUGGCAUAUUGCAGGAAAAGCGAUGCCGCACUCAUUUAAAAGAUAUUAUGUUCAUUCCAAUGGGGUACAAAUGGGAUUACAAUGGAUGAAAGAUUGUGUUCAAUUCAAUAAAGUAAAAAUUACAAAUCACAGUCGAGAACAUAUUAUUCUUAAUUCGAUGCAUCCUUAUCAGAUAAGUUUGCAUAUUGUUGAGACGUCUGAUAUUGGUUCGAUAACAAGCGCUAAAUACAAUACAUUUACAUUUGAUGAAACUGUUUUUAUGGCUGUAACAUCUUACAAAAAUCCUGAUGUUACACAUGCAAAAAUUUGUUAUAAUCCAUUUGCGAUGGCACUUCGUGGCAUUUGA